AUUUCUAGAUAACAACUUUCCUUGAAUGUUUUGAGACUACUCUGCGGCUAUGUCAAUAGUUAUUAAUCUAUUCCCAGGGCCUCCUAUUAGAUUGAUGGAUGGUGAGAAUAAGAAAGAGGGCCGAGUGGAGAUCUAUAUUAAUGGCCAAUGGGGCACAAUUUGUGAUGAUGGAUGGUCUGAUAAGGAUGCAGCUGUGGUAUGUCGACAACUAGGCUACAAAGGUUUAUCACGAGCAAGGACUAUGGCAUAUUUUGGGGAAGGAAAAGGUCCCAUUCAUGUGGAUAAUGUGAAGUGUACAGGAAAUGAAAGAUCCCUUGCUGAUUGUAUUAAACAGGAUAUUGGCAAACAUAAUUGUCGUCACAGUGAAGAUGCUGGUGUUAUCUGUGACUAUCUUAUCAAGAAAGCAUCCAGUAGUAAAGAUUCUCUUUCUUCUGUAUGUGGUUUAAGAAUAUUGCAGCGUCGCCAAAAACGGAUUAUUGGUGGGAAAAACUCCUUAAGGGGUGGUUGGCCCUGGCAAGUAGCUUUGCGCAUUAAAUCAUCCCAUGGAGAUGGAAGACUUCUAUGUGGUGCCACUCUUAUCAGCAGUUGCUGGGUGCUUACUGCAGCACAUUGUUUUAAGAGGUAUGGCAACAGUACUCGAAACUAUGUGGUGCGUGUUGGAGACUACCACACAUUGGUACCUGAGGAGUAUGAAGAAGAAAUUGGAGUAGAAGAAAUUGUGCAACACCCAGAAUAUAGGCCUAAUAACAGUGACUAUGACAUCGCAUUAGUUAGGCUGCAAGGGCCUCAAGAACAGUGUACUCGCUUUAGUGCUCAUGUUUUACCUGCUUGUUUACCAUUCAGGCGGGAGAGGCCACAGAAAGCUUCUGAUUGUUACAUCACUGGAUGGGGUGAUACAGGUAGAGCCUACUCAAGAACAUUACAACAAGCUGCUAUUCCCCUUAUUCCUAAAAGAAUUUGCGAAGAACGGUAUCACACAAAAUUCACAGGGAGAAUGCUAUGUGCUGGUAGCCUCCAUGCACAAAAACAGGUAGACAGUUGUCAGGGAGACAGUGGUGGACCAUUAAUGUGCGGACGGGAAGGAAAUAUCUGGGUCGUGUAUGGUGUGACUUCCUGGGGGUAUGGAUGUGGAGUCAAAGAUUCUCCAGGUGUCUAUACCAAAGUUUCUUUUUUUAUACCUUGGAUAAGAAGCAUAACCAAACUAUGAAUGUCCCUUGUUGUACUGGGGAAAUAUUUUUUUUCAUAGACUUUUGACAUUAAAAUCAUUCAUCCUCGAAGUAAUUUUGAUUGAAUAUGAAUUCCACCAAGACAAAACAGUACUGAUUACAGCUGCACAAAUCAGUUCAUUCUAUAUAUAAGGUCCUCAUAUAUAGUAUUUUUAUCUUUUUGUAUUGUGACAAAUUUUCUACAAUGAACUGUAUACCCUACUAGUUUCAAAGAAUGAAUUUUAAUUGACUUUAUACUGCGUUUUAUCUUUACAGAAAACUUUCCUGCCCUGAUUUCAUUGUACAUGAAACAGUUGAAUAAAAUAUCUUGUAAAAUGUCAAGAUUAGGUAAUGUUUAUUUAUUAAAUUGUGGUUUUUAAUGAGGUAGGUAAAGGCAGCCUUAUAUGUGUUUUAUGACAAUUCAUUAUUUAAAUAUCAGCUAAAAUGAUUUUAUUAUCAUAUAGUAGACUUUACUUUUAUACUGUAAUCUUAGUUUUCCCCAACUUGUUCUCUGCUGUAUUGGAAUAAACACCCUAGAUUUUUCAGCGAUUAUUUCAAGUUAUUUCUCAGUAAGAUAAUAAAUAAUACAUAAGUUUUGUUAAAAGUGGCAUUCUUAUUGCCUCAGCUUUUUACAAACUUUGUAAAUUACUUGAGACCCAUUUUUGUAAUGACCAAAGUUAUGCCCAAAUUAAAUGUUAUCAAAUAUUUAACAUACCUACAAAUUAAUUUUAGAAAGCAUAUUUAACCUUGUAGUUCAUGGAUUCUUUUCAUCAUUAUUUUGUCUAAGUAUGAUUAAUUUGUCUAAUAUUGUCUAAACUAAAUAAGGCCUUAAUAAAUACU